GCAGGCAGGAGGCAUUGGUGUUGUCCUUGCAGUGUGUGUCAGUUCGCCAGAGAGAACACCGUACAGCAUAGCUAGUUACAUUUAGCAGAUCCACAGAAUUGAUAUAUGUAGACUGACGCAUAGGCUACGUUGAGCAGGCACCGGUUCCUUCCUGAAUCAGACAACGGGGACCAACCAUGGACCUAUUCGAGUUUGACUUCUUUAGGGACUGGGAACUGGAGCAACAGUGUCAUUAUGAGCAGGACCGCAAUGCGCUCAAGAAGAGGGAGUGGGAGCGGCGGACUCAAGAGGUGCAGCAGGACGAAGAUCUCUUCUCCUCUGGGUUUAAUCUCUUUGGGGAGCCAUACAAGACAGAAGCGCCCAGUCUAUCCACUUUGGGGGGGACCAACAACCUAAACAAGACAAACAAAGGUGACGCUCUGGCCAACCGGGUGCAGAACACUCUGGGGAACUACGAUGAGAUGAAGGAGCUCCUGACCAGCCACUCCAACCAGAGCCACCUGGUGGGCAUCCCCAAGAACUUUGUUCCCCAGACCCCUGGCCCCAUGGAGAAGCAAGACCAGCCCAGCUUCUUAACCAAGGGAGGCCAGAGGGGGAGCAACAGGGUGGGCACAGGGAACCAUACAACAUCCAUGCCCCCUCCUCCCUCCUCUUCUUCUCUGACCAGCUCCAGCCUGCUGCACGGCCAUCAGAGCUCCAAGAAGUCCUGGUCCUCCGACUGGUCCCGGGGAGCCCACUGCAGCACCCAGGGGGUGGGAGGGGGUGGGGGCCCAUCCUGCAGCAGGGGGAAACACUCCUUCACCCAUGAGCAGCAGCAGCCCCAAAGACACGAGGAGCUGCUCAUCUCACAGGGCGAGGUAGUGGACCACAGGGGAGACUCCAGCAGCAGCCCCUCCUCCUCCUCCACCUCCACUCUCUCCAGGAGGCACGGGGGCGGGCAGCAGCAGGCCCCUAAGGCCCCGUCAUCGGCUGAGCAUGGCAGCUACAAGGACAGCAACACUCAUGUUAAGUCUCCCCUGGAGCAGGAGCCGGGCUCCCACGGGGCCAGUUCCCCAGUGGCCUCUACCUCCCUGCUGCCCAGUGGCCUCUCCACUCCCACCUUCCCGCAGGGUCUGCACGUCAAGCCCAGCGCCGUGCAGCAGCAGAAGCCUACGGCCUACGUGCGGCCCAUGGAUGGCCAGGACCAGAUGCCCCUGGACUCCCCGGAGCUCAAGCCUCCUCUGGAGGUGGUGGACGUGGGCUACAGCAACCCAGCUUUUGGCAGCACCAUCACCAGUUCCAAGAGCAAGCUGCCCAAGCUGACCCUGACACAGACUGGGGAGGUCGGCCUGUCCAGUGACUCCAGCUGUGUGGAGGAGAUUCUACGGGAGAUGACCCACUCCUGGCCUCCUCCCCUGACUGCCAUCCACACUCCAGGCAAGGCUGAGCAAACCCGGUUCCCUAUUCCCUCCAAGGAGUCACAACACAUACCCUCAGGAUGCGCUGGACUAAAGCGGUGCAAUGUUCCCGUUAACAAGCCUGCAACCAAGUCUGUGCCACAGAAGUCAAUGCUUGAGGAUGACCUGAAGAUCAGCAGUGACGAGGAAGAUACUGAACAGCAGGCAGCUGAGAAGCCCAAGCCCAGAAGUGCACCUCUCAGCAUCCCUGUGGCCACGUCUCGGACCAGUGACCCGGGCCACUCUAGUGGCGCCUCGGCCAGCUCCAGUGAAUCAGAGAGCAGCUCCGAGUCGGAUUCAGACAGUGAGAGCAGCUCCAGUGACAGCGAGUGUAACGGGGCCUCCCGGACCGCCACCCCAGAGCCUGAACCUCCAUCAACAAACAAAUGGCAGCUGGAUAAGUGGCUGAACAAAGUGACCCCACACAAUAAAGCACUUAUCAGUACCCAGUCAGAGAGAGAGAGCCAUGGGCUCUGCAGCUCCCAGCCUGACCACAGCCAGCAGGCACCUGGGAGCCAGGACCUGGCCCCAGGAAAGAGCAAGCCUGGGCCCACCGUCCUGCUGGCCCAGACCGACGCCAAGGAACGGGCCCUCCUCAGCCCCAUCCGAGAGAAGGCCAAGCCCAAGACUGGACCAAAGGUCUCAGAGGGCAAGAGUUCAAAGUCCCCAGCAGCGGUGGUGGUGGAGCAGGCCCCAGCCAGACGCAGCAUUGGAAAGAAGCAGCCAAAGAAAGUGGAGCGCUCAUCCAGCCUGGAAGAACACAGCUCCUGGUCCAAACCCAUCAACCCCUCCAUCAGCACUACCCCUAAGGAGAAGGAGCCUCCGCCUCUUCUGGAACCGCCCAAGUCCAGGACCAAGGGCACCAGUGGGAAAGCUGCCCCUAGGAAGGAACCUCGCACCACUACUACCACGACUACUACUCCAGCUCAUCCUCCCCCAGCCCCAGUCUUGGACAAGAAGAAGCACAGGGGGCCCACCAGGAUCCUCCCCAAGUCCAAGGAGUUCAUCGAGACUGAGUCUUCGUCGUCUGAGUGCCACUCUGAACCAGAGGAUCUGAUCAAGGUCCCUAACCCUCCCUGCCCAGGUCCCAGCAGCCUGCAGACUCUCAAAGCAGCCAAUCUCCUGAGUGUCAGUAGCCUUACCAGCACCUGCAGCACUUCCAUCUCUAUCCCAGACCCUGGUGUAGUUGGGGGCUUACUGGAAGACCCCCUCUUAUCCCCUGUCCCCAUCAUCCAGAACGAACUGUUGUCCCCUCUCAGGGACUUUGAGGACAUCAAGUCACUGUGGGUGAAGAUCGAGCUGAGCUUCCUGUCUAGAAUCCCAGGACAGGACCCCCCUGAGCCCCCUCCUGUGAAGGUUGAGCCCCAGGAACACUGGGAACCCAGCACCAAGCACAGACGCCAGUCCCCUGCCAGUCAACAGUCUACCCCUGUUGAGAAACCCCCUAGCAAGGCCAAGAGGAAACACAAGUCGGACCAUUGUAACGCUGUCGGCGGGAGCAAGAAGUUACGGUUGGAGAAAGACUCCAUGCUUCUUCCCCCGUGCAUCUCACCCAUUCACAACCACAAGAACAUUAGCACAAAAGACUCUCUGAGGAAACAGCCCAGGAAGAGAGAGCUGCUGCCUCCCCUGCUGUCGCCGCUCUCUGACGAGCCUCCCACCCGCCAGCGCAGGACCAGCGAGUGUUCCUCCUUCAGCCAGGAGGGCGGUGCUAGCGGCGCCUUAUUACUACCCACCCUCAGCUGCUCUCUGCCCCCCUUCUCCUCCUCCUCAUCCUCCUCUUCCUCACACAAGCACCACAGCAAAGGAGAGAGCAAAUUCUUCUCACAUUCCAAGACAAGCAGUGAGGAUGAUACCCACAGCAAACCAUCUGGCAGUUUCCAUGGUAACGGUCAGUCUGAUUCCGACCUUUGGUCCAACCCCUCAUCUCUGUCCAUGGACCACAUGGAGCCAAGGAGACCGAAGCUAACGUUCAAUAACAAAGUUCACACUGCAGACUACUACAUGCAGGAAGCCAAGAAACUGAAGCACAAAGCAGAUGCACUGAUGGAGAAGUAUGGCAAAGCUGUUAACUACGCUGAUGGAGCGCUGUCGUUCAUAGAAUGUGGCAACGCCAUGGAACGGGACCCACUGGAGGCCAAGUCUCCAUACACUAUGUACUCUGAGACAGUUGAACUCAUCAGAUAUGCCAUGAGGUUAAAGAACUUUACAAGUCACUCAGCAACAGUGGCCGAGAAGAAAUUAGCUGUAUUGUGCAAUCGCUGUUUAUCCCUCCUGUACUUGAGAAUGUUCAAACUAAAGAAGGACCAUGCAGUAAAGUAUUCCCGUUCCCUGAUGGAGUAUUUCAAGAACUCGGCUAAAAGUUCCCAAGUACCUUCGCCAUGGGGAGCCAAUGGAAAGAACACAGGCACCCUAUCGCCCCUGUCUCUGAGUCUCUCCCCAGUCAGUUGGGGCGGCAGCAGUACGGGCACUGCGGGCUCCGGGGCCUCCGGCAACGUGGCCAUCCCCCAGCGCAUUCACCAGAUGGCCGCCAGCCACGUCAACAUUACCAACAACAUUCUCCGGAGCUACGAGCACUGGGACACAGCAGAAAAGUUGGCCACAGAGAGCCAAGAUAUGGAGAAUAAAGGAGCCCUAAGCCUUGACCCAUUUACUGUCAUUAGUGAGUGA